AUGAGGCGACAGUUUCUGCCUGAGGCAUCAACGCUCCAUUUCUCCUGCGGAUCGACGCCUUCCGUCCUUCUUCUUCCUUCCCACCUUCAACUGCUCUUUCCAGGUUCCAGCGAAGAUCUUCCGUCACAUCGUUUAUCCUUUUAUCAACCUGCAUUCGCCAUUCAUCUAGUCAUCUACUCGGGUACGGCGAAUUGUCAUCCAUGUACCCCUCAACUGGGAUGCCAACCAUGGCACUCUCAAGCGAUCCAAUACGCUGCCCCCAAAAAGAUCCCCCCAAAGCUUGAGCCGGAGCUCCCGGAGGCUGUGCUGUGGAACCGGUUUUUAGUUUUUACUGUAUUUUUUUUUUGUUUCCACAGCCACCAACGAACCACCACGAGCCAUGAGGACUUCAAAUUAAUGAAUCAAUCAAUGGCCCAUCAAUCGAUCGAUCAGUCUAGCGCGAACAAAAACGGACCCAAAACGGCGUACGAAUACGACUCCAACGGAGUAGGAGUCUUAAGUGGGCUUUACAUGUGA